AAAUGACACUGAAACAUGAAAAUAAAGAAUGAUUUUUUGUUUUUAAACUCAUCUCACUCCCUCAAACAUUGGCUUGCCCCCGCAGGAGCAGAGAGCUUCCGCGUGCCCAGGCAGGUUGAGGAGGAGAAGGGAACCCUUGCCACUGUGGUGGACACACUUAAGUCCUACUAUGACCAGAGUGACACUGCCAGCGGCUAUGUAGAGACCAUCAAGGGCUACAAACUGGAUGAGAAAGCCAAGAACCUGUAUGUAGACACAGUUCAAGCUGUCAGCACCUACGCUGGUAUCUUCAACGACCAGCUAUACCACAUGUUGUACCCUCAAGACAGCUCCUAAAUCACAGAGUAUCACACCUCAACAAGACUCCAUCUCUUUCUGGUCCUGAGUCUGUCACCACACUUGAACAACAAUCAUAUGUCUCCCACAAGGUGGCGGCACGAGGUGAAAACAUGCCUGUUGAACUCUUGUUUUCCAAUGGCCUGUUACUUUGCUCUGUCAAAAUACUGAAAAGCACAUAGCACCCUGACACACAUCAGUGGAUAAAUAUGAUGUGACAUUCUUGGGUCAAAUCAGGUAUAAUGCUCAAAACAAUCUGUUUUUGGAUAAAGAUCAGAGACUCUUUGCUGCUGACUGUUACCUGGCACCCUCUAUGAGCAUUGACGAAUUGCAAAUAAAAUAAAAUAAAGUUG